AUGUCCCCGAACUUCUCCUCUUCCCAAACCCGAAGCUAUCGCCAACUUCAACCACACCACACACUAACGGCCGUCGUUGCUCCCUUCUUGGCAUCCGCACCCGUUCAACUGACUUUUGAAUACGAAGUCUCUGUUCUCGAAGAACAUGAGCUUACCACCGGCCCCCUCUCGAUCCUCCAGACAGCUACCCGCGCCCACUCGCAAGUCUUGAUCUCAUGUCGUAACAAUCGCAAGCUCCUUGCGCGUGUGAAGGCUUUUGAUCGUCACUGUAACAUGGUGCUAGAGAACGUCAAGGAAAUGUGGACUGAGAAGCCCAAGGGUGGCAAGGGCAAAGGUGUCAAUAAAGAUCGCUUUAUUAGCAAGAUGUUCUUGAGAGGCGAUUCGGUUAUCCUGGUUCUUCUAAGUUGA